AUGCAGGGAGGAGCUGGUGAAGGUGAGAAGGAGCAAGUCUCUGCGAUUGCUCUGAUCGGUCAUCAGGGAGGCGAUGCCUUUCGUUUCGUCCUUGGCAUCGGGAGGGAGGGCUAUUCAAAUCAGUUGCCGGUAUUGAAUCCGACGCUUCUUGACUCUGAGGAGGUGGAAGAGGAUGCGUUGGGUAGACAGAUGCGGGCGUACGAAAGGUUCAGACAAGGAGAGCUGGGAUGUUUUGAGGACACCAGCAGGCAUGAAACUUUCGCUGUGGUCAGCAACACCCUGGGGUCACACGAGGGGAAUGAGGAUGACAUUGCGCGAAAGUACCCGAGCGAAGGUUUUCAUGGGCAGGACCCGCUAGCAAGCAAGUAUGAAGUUGUUCAAGGCGAAAGAUUGUUUAAGUACACGACAAAGGGAGCAAGCAGCGAGGAGGUAGACAAUUCAAACGAAACAUCCUUUCGAGGAAAGAGGGAUAAUGACUGGACUGUAGUACUCAUCCGGAGGCUCCCAAAGUGCAAUGACGACAAAUUGGGAUUGACUGAGUCGUCGAUCGACAAGUACUUGCCGCAGAACUACAUCCCUUGCGCUGAUGACGGGCAUGGUGCGCAUGUGCUGUUGAGAGACGCUCCUCGACUGCAAGUCCAACUGUCUUUGAAUCAUCAGCUCUGGCGGGCAAGCACGGAAGGCGACAUCGAUGAGGCUGAACGACUGCUCAACUUGGGCGCUGAGGUCAACAUAGAUUUCUGGUUCUCCGAGAAAGCAGAGACCGAUUCCUCCAACGCCGAGCUUGAAAUCUACUGGCAGAAUACAAUGGAGGAGGAUUGGGGGAGGUUCGGAGAUGCGAACCAAGUACGAAAGGUAGCAGAGGUCUUGUGUACCAUCAGGAAGUAUGGGGUCAGAAGCAGCCCGUCGCAAAAUCAGACCCCCAAGAAGAGACUUCAGUGGAUAUCAUCGGCCCUCCGCAUCGUCCAGGAGCUGAAGAUGCAAUCUUGGUUUCUCUACUUGCACCAUUAA